AUGGGUAUAUUCCCCGGAUUUGGUGCCUGGGUCAGUCAGAACACACAACAUCCUACAAAAUCUGAAAAAAAAGUUAAAUCCAAGCCAAAGACAGAGGCAAAAACUCACGAGGAGAGCGAUGAGACGAAGGAGCAAUUAAAACUAUGGAGAGAUGCAAAUAAGAAGGAACAAUAUCAUGAACCUCCUCCUAAGGUGAAGAAAGCCGUAUCAAGAGAAGUUACAUCAGAGAAUGAUGAAGGUGAAGGGAAUCCGCCGACCGUGAAGCUUGAGAAAGAGUUGUCAUGGAACUUCCUCUUCUUGUCAGGAACUAUCCCAAUACGUUUAAUUGUUGCCGAAGACCCAAAAAAACUUUCUGUAUAUUACGAGAAACAGAAAAAAGGAAUAAGGAUAAUGGAAACGUUCGAGGGUAAGUAUGAAGUGGAGCCAGUCUAUGUUGAUGCAGAACGCUUGUGCAAGCACAUGAAGCCAAAGAGUCAAGAAGAAUACAGAAAAUGUAGUGGUGGAAAAGGGUUGAUUGCGUCCAAGGUUAUAGUGGACCUGACUUUUAGGCCUGCUUCUCCUUGGGAUCUGCCAUUGGUGUCUUCGUACUUUCGCCGGUUCACUAUCGAGACCACUAAAAAAGUUGCUGAAGAUCUUCAAAUGCAGGCUGGCGAUAUCCGAGGUUUAUGA